AUGCGCAUUUCGUUUGCUUUGCUGACCUUUUUAUCAUUGAUCGUGAUAGUGUUGUGCUCGGGUGAAGAGAGAGUGUUGAGAACUACAAGAGCAACGAUCAAGGAUGAUGAAGGGAAUCAUUUCGAGGUUAAAAUUCUCCAAUCAGUCCGAACAUCAAUUUCAAAAUUUUCCAGAACAAAUCAGGAAGCGAGAAAGGAAUUCUGCAGAAAUUUUUGUCGUUCAAAAACAAAGUGGCUCAUUUUUUCGCGCGACUCGCCAAAUUAAUCAAGGGAGCGCUAACUGGAGAUGUAAACGUUUAACAAUAAUAUUCAGAAAUUUUUCGUAUUGUAGGAAAAAGCGGUGGACUCUGUUAAGAACAUGCUUAGACCAAACAUCCCAAAUUGGAGACAGCACUUGAAAAAGUAUAACGGUUUUAUGUAUUUGUUUCAAUCCUAUUCUGAAGGUAUGUGACUAACUUUGGAAGAGAUUUGAAAACGAGUUCUACCUAUCGGUUUAUUCUUGCGGUCGCUGUUAAUGUAGGACUUCUGCUCGCCUUUUACAUUUUUUUGUUUUUCAAGUUGGUCAGUUUUUUUUUUUUGAUACAUUUUCAUCCCCAUCCGAGUAUAAUUCAGGUUAUAUCUUCUAUGAGUCAAAAAAAGCAGGAAAAUAACGGCUAUAACAAUGAAAACUACCACAGUUUUCAUGAAGGUUUCAACGUUCGGAGUUAUUCUUCGAUUCUGUUAUUUUCGUUUCAGCUUCACCAAUUAUUCCGCGAGCACAAGAUUUUCAACGACCAAUUAAGUAAAGAGUUGUCUCCUCUCAUUGCGAAAACUUUAUUUUGCAGUCGGACGUCGUGCCUCUCCCUUGACGGCUCUUUCACUUCUCCUCCUAUGAAUAACAUUGGUCAGUUUUUUUUUUUGAUUUUUGGUAUUCAUAUUUCGGUUGAAGUAAAUACCAACUUCUAUUUUUUCUUCCAUUUAAAGCUAUUUCUUGUUCUAUUAUCUUCUACUAUCCGAGUUUGUUUGUUUAGUUAAUCGUAUUUAAACCGAAUUCAACCUUCAAAAAAAUUUAACAUUAAUGAAGAUAAAAAAAAGAGAGAGCACAGAUUGUAAAAUAUGGUCUUUCAAAAGACUGAUUUUGAGGCUCUAUGUGAAAAAUAUAUAUACCAUAUGAAGUGAAAGUUUUCUAAAAAAAUACUUGAAAAAAAUUCCAUUGCUCCAACUUUCUUGAAGACCCAUAUUAAAUAUUGUUGUUACAAAAACUAACCUUAUGAAAUUUACUUUGAAACAGAAAAAAGUGAAGUUUUCGAGCAAUAACAAAUAGGUGGCUCUUGGAAGGUUCCUAAAUGCCUCUUUAGUGCUCACUUGUAAUGACGCAACUUAUCUUUGGCGCAUCGGAUAGUUUUUUUAAAUAUUCAGUUUCCUACAAAUAAUCCACUUAAAAGGAAGGGAAAAAUUGUGAAGAGCUAUUAAAGUAAAAAAAGAAAAAUACGGCUUUAUUUGAUAAUAGAAAGCUUUUCAUAUCCUUCAAAUGGGUCCAUAGGUUUUAGAAAUGAAAAUUUCGUCAAACUUGCUUUAUUAUUUCGAAUGGUCGUUUGAAGUUUGAAAUCAAAAAAAUUAAGACGAACCACAACAGCCUGUACAUUUCAAGCAACUCAAACUUCCCGACUUGAAUGUGGUAUCUCCGUGAAAAAUUGCACUAUUCAACUCACUGUAAAUUAACUUUCGAUUAUGUUUGAAUACGUAAUAAAAACUUUAUUCGAUUUGUUGUUUGGAUUAAUAUCUUGCUUUUUCGCUGUACAAAACGGAUAAUUUUUCUGCCAGUUUCAAAAAAAUAUAAAUUGCACUCAUUAAUUAUUCUUAUUAUCUAUAAAGCUGUUUUUUCUUCAACGGGGGAAAUACGGCAAGUGCAUUUGAUGAUCAACAAAAUGCAUUCGCCGAUUGGAUCCAAAAAGUGGAAUUUGUAUGAAUGUCGUGUGCAUGCGCAGAUGGAGUGAAAAAAUUCGACAUGGUUUUUUUAUAUAAAACUUUCAUUUUUUUCUAUUCUUUCGGAAAAAAAGGACGGCAUAGUCAACCCUUUUUUCUUUUGUAUUUUCAUGAAUAAAGAAAGUUUUCUUGGUGAAAACUGUGUACAUAUUGAAAAAUUUUCUUUUCAAAAAUUAAAAAAAAAAAAAGAUUUCGCUCUUGCCUCUCCCUCUCUCUCAUUCGGUAUAUAAUAUUUUUUCACAAUUUCGUUCUUGACACGGAAACUAAGAUCAUCAGUUUCUACUUGUAUGCUAUACUACAAGUUUUCGUUGCAUCAUUUUAUCUAAUCUUCUCAUGCGUGGCGCAAUGACAUUUCACGUUGUUUUCAGGGUUAAACCGCUUAACGCGAUGUCAUUUUCAUUGUUUUCUAAAUUGCAAGUAUCUAGAACUUUUGCGAACAUCGCAAAAUCUCAACGACAAUUUUCCACCUGUCGGUCAUCCAAACUUUUCAGGUUAGAAUUGUCUCUUUUUGUUCAAUUGACUUAUUCGGUUGCUGUGUUUCCGCUCUGAGGCUUCUCCUUCCUACUUCGAAUUUUUCAAAUAUUUCAGCCGUUCAUCUUUUGGUUAUCGAUUUGUCUUGUUGGGCCGAAAAUUUUCAUCCGUGCAGCAGAGCUCCACGAUGAGUUCUGGAAAGAAUAUUGUUGUACGCCGCGUCGAUAAUAUAGUCAAAAGCGCACAGGAUAAUCGCGAGGUGGGAAAUAAUUGGAACUUCGUAAAAUUUAUAAAAAAAAGAUUUUAGUAUCGAGGGCUCGAGUUGAAAAAUGGUUUAAAGGUUUUGUUGGUUUCUGAUCCAGAAACGGAUAAAUCUGCAGCCGCUCUCGACGUCAAUGUUGGUCAGUCUUGUUCUAUGAAUCAUUUGUUUCAUGUUUCUUCCGUUUUUCGAUUUUUUUUUUCAUUUUUCAGGACAUCUGAUGGAUCCGUGGGAGCUGCCGGGCCUUGCACAUUUCUGUGAGCAUAUGCUCUUUUUAGGGACAGAAAAAUACCCGUCGGAAAACGAAUACUCUAAAGUUAACUUUUUGGGAAGCUUUUUUCACUAUUCUAUUGAAGUUUAUCUCUGCAAACGCGGGUUCAACAAAUGCAUAUACAGCUUCGGAUCACACGAAUUAUCAUUUUGAUGUCAAGCCUGAUCAGCUGCCGGUUUUCUCGUUUUUUUUUCACGUGAUCGAAAAUAUUUUUCCUAUAGGGGGCUCUUGAUCGUUUUGUACAGUUCUUCCUGUCGCCUCAGUUCACAGAAAGCGCCACGGAACGAGAAGUUUUUUUUUCGAAGUUUUCAAUUAAAUAAACGGUUGAUAUAGGUCUGUGCUGUGGAUUCCGAGCAUUCGAACAACCUCAAUAAUGACGGCUGGCGGAUGCUUCAAGUAGAUAGGUUUCGGAUUCUGCGAGGCUAUCUUGACGAGCAUACUUCAGAUCUCUUUCGAAGAAGGGUCAUGACUACGGGAAGUUUGGAACAGGAAACAAGGUUAGACUUUCUCUAUGUCUUGAGAACCUUUUUUUCUCAGAAAACUCUUCUGGAAGACGCGCGUGCGAAAGGAAUCGAACCUCGCGAAGCUCUGCUCCGUUUCCACAAGAAGUGGUACAGCUCCAACAUGUCAGGAAACUUACCCAUUCCGAUUUGACAGUCGUGUUCAGAAUGACAUUGUGUGUCGUGGGCAAGGAAAGCCUGGACGAUUUGCAAAGUUAUUUGGGUGAUCUUGAGUUCGAAUCUAUUGAAAACAAAAACGUGGAAAGGGUUGCUUGGAACGAAUCUCCUUAUGGCCCAGAACAACUCGGUAAACGAAUUGAGGUGCGUCUCAAAAAACAGAAAAGCCCAAAUUUUAGCAUUAUUUACUAUGUGAAUCUUCAGUAGUUAGGUAAUAGAAAAAGGUUUUUAAAAAUAAUAUUUUGAUAACAUUGAAACAACAAAGUUUUUUCGUAUUAACUGGGCUAUUUUUUUCAUGAAUAGAUCUCGAUGUAAAUCAAUUUUCAGUUUAUAUUUUUGAGGUUGUACCUGUGAAAGACACGCGGACGCUUCAAGUUGUGUUCCCGAUUCCGGAUUACAACGCUGAUUAUAAAUCUCAGCCGUCUCAUUACAUCUGUAAAUUUCCCACAUUUCAACGAUACCGAUUUAUGUUUAAGCUCACCUUCUGGGACACGAGGGACCAGGAUCGCUUCUUUCAGAACUGAAAAGACGCGGCUGGGUGAGCUCUCUCUACGCCGGCGGCCACACUCACGCCAGAGGCUUUGGCGUUUUCGAAGUCACCGUCGACCUGAGCCAAGGUGGCGUCAGUUGGUUAGAAAGAGAAGGCUGAGAACAACUUUUCGUUUUGAAACCAAUCCUAUUUUUGAAAAUAGCUCUCUAGUAGCUUGUGAAAAGCUCUCGAAAGCUCUUCUCUGCUCAAUUAGUUCCUGUGAUGGCUUUGUUAACUGAAAUUCAAGGUUUUGAGAUAACUUUUCGAUGAGAAAAAGUUUUUGCAUGAUGAAGUAAUCGUGAAAUAAUUCAAAAGUUUUUUUGAACUGUCCAGUCGAAAUUCCAAUGGAGUUUGCAUCAUUGAAAAAAAGGCAUCAAAACAUUAAAACGAUUUUCUGGUUGAGAGUGUAAAUUUUCUGAACCGCGGUUUUGAAUUUUUUUUUUUUUGUUUUAGAGGGACUCGAACACACAGAAGACAUCGUCGCUUUAGUGUUCAACUACAUCGGAAUGGUGCGGAAGGAAGGAGUCAAACAGUGGAUUUUUGAAGAACUGCGCGACAUUUCCGACAUCACUUUCCGCUUCAAAGUGUGCCUCUCUUUCCUUCUUUAAUUAUUUUCUUUUCAAAUCAUCGUAGCCUUUUUUAGAUCACUAAUGCUUUCUAUUAAAAAGUAAGAAGUUUAUUAAAGUCGGAGGGUAUGUUUAUAAACGGAAUUUUUAUCUAAUUAAGAAAUUAUCUUUUUUUAAACUUUUAUGAUGAUAGCUAAAGUUUUCAAGUUCAGUUUUUUUUUAUUGCAGGAUAAAGUCACUCCAAUGAGUACUGCAAAAAAUGUUUCUUCAAAACUGCAAUACACUCCUUUCGAGGAUGUCUUGUCUGUGGGAAACCUGGUCACCGAAUUUAAUCAAGGUAACUCUUUAAAUGGACCUUUUUCAUCGGAUCCUUUGUUACAGAUAAAAUAAAUGAGAUUCUCUCCCUGAUGACACCAGAAAACAUGAUUUACCGAGUUGUUUCAAAGACUUUCGAGGGAAGAGAAGGAAACACUUUCGAACCGGUUUAUGGAACGGAAAUCCGCGUAGCUGAAAUUUCUCAAGUUUGUCUUUUUCAAAUACUUAUUUCAUUUUGUGAUUUUGUGAAAAAAAAAAGAAUCAAAAAUGUAUCGAGGCGUUUAUAGUCUGAGGCACAGUUGAGAAGUUGUAAAAACUUGAAUGUUGAGGAGAUCAAUCAAUCAAUCAAAAUGUUUUAGAUCUUCGAAAAUAUACCAUAGAGCCUUUUUUAAAUUUUUUUGUAGAAAGACGAAUACAUUGUCCAGUUUAUAGCCUUCAUUAAUACAACUUUUUUUGUUCCGAAUGUGAUUAAUUUAGAAAGUAAUGUCAGUUUUUCAUCAGAACUUUUCUUGAAUCAUAUUAUAAAAAAACAUUCACUACGUGGCAAAGGCUCAUUUUUAAAUAAAAGGGGUUCAAAGGUUUAAAUGCAUGCGCCAGACACUCUUGUCCAUGAUGGUAAACCGAGAAAAAUGUUGAUUAAAAAACAAAAUUGAAUAUAAGAUCAAGCUAGAAAAAAGAGUUUUUCGUCGACCUCGCACGUCUUUUUUCAGGAGAAUAUUCAAAGGUUCGACGAUGCAUUGAAGUCUCGACAUCCAAAUAUGCACCUACCUGAAAAAAACGAGUAUAUUCCGACAAAGUUUGAUCUGAAGCCCAGAGUAGAUAUCAAAAGGUUUGAAUUUUCCGAUGCAUUCAGAUCGAAAAUUGCUGAAAAUUAUAUUUUCAGCGAACAUCCGCAACUGAUCCACGAGGACGGCUGGAGCCGGAUCUGGUUCAAGCAGGACGACGAGUACAAAAUGCCCAAGGCGGAGACGAAAAUCGCCCUGACGACUCCCAUCGUCGCCUAUGAUCCUCGCAGAUCUCUGCUCUCUAGUCUUUGGCUUUGGUGUCUCAAUGUGCGAUCAUUUUGAUGGAUUUAACAGUUUCAUCGUUACAAUCUCCUAAGACGCUGUGUAUUUCAAAAAAAUUUUUCUAAUAUUUUUUUAUUUGUUUGCUUCAAGAUACUACGUUCAAUUUUUUUUGUGAUUUACUCUUAAAAAGUUGAGCCUAAUGUGGAAAGUAAUAAUUGUAAAUUUUAUAAUUCCUCAUUUCUGUUUUACUUUCAGGACACUUUGACCGAAGAGACCUACAAUGCCGACCUCGCAGGCCUCAGGUCACACGUUGAAUCUGGUCCGUUCGGUGUUCAAAUCCGGGUAAGAGCUCGCACCGAAGACUUGUACGCACAUCUCACCUUGCAUGUUUGUUUUUUGCUUUUCUUUUUUUCACUGCUUCUGUCCGUGUUCCGUGUACUAACGCUUUUUCUGUUUUUGACGUUGUUUUGCCUCUGUAAAAAUUUUUCCGUUUUCAACAGCGUUAUGGUCAACCACCAAUGUGUUAAUUUUCAUUCACACUAAUUGGAGAAGUUCCAUUCUUCGAAACUUAGAAUCUUUCCGUUUUUUACCAUUUCUGUUGAAUUGGUUAUCAAUGGUACAAAAUCACUACUUCUGAAAGAUUUUUUUUUCUCAAGAAUGCGCUAGAAAGUUCUCUCUCUAGUUUUACGAUUUUUUUAUUACACCAAAAAGUGGAGACAAAAAUUUUUUACAAAGGCGCCUAAGCUAAUUAUUUUUGCAAACUUUUUUGCUUCUUGUCUUGUAUUUCAAAGUGAAGCAACUAGCCAAUGUGAAAAUUUUCUAUUUUUCGCGUUUUUCUGUCAAUUGCAUGUUCGUUUCUCGGCAAGGCUAUCAACAAAACCUUCAAUCGAUGUUUCCAGGUCUGUGGCUAUGACGAAAAGCAAUCUCUUUUUAUGAAGCACCUUAUUCAAAGAGCCAUUACUUUCAAAAUUGGUAACGCAAAAGUGAAAUAAUUCUGUAAUGGGUUGAGUUCUAGAUCCGACGCGUUUCAACGUCCUUUUCGAUUCUCUUCGUCGCGCUCUUCAGAACUUUGCUCACUCUCAGCCAUACUCUUUGUCGCAACAUUAUGCCCAAAUGCUUCUUGGAGACAAAAUUUGGAGCAAAGAACAACUCCUCGCAGUCUGCAACGGUGCUGGAAAUCGGCAUGGUACAAUAUUUCCCCGAUUUCAGACAUUACUCUAGAAGAAGUCGAAUCUUUCCCGCAAGACAUGUUCAAGGCUUUUCACAUGGAGCUCCUGGUCCACGGAAAUGCCACCAAAGAGGUUUGAGCCAUAGUAGUGCGGUUCUAUUUCCUACUAUACAGGAAGCUUUGACGCUGGGCUCUGAAAUCAGCCAAAUUUUGCGAGGAGCCACCCCAGUCACGCGGCCGCUUUUCUGGAACGAGUUCACUCCUCGUCGAGAAUAUGCCUUGGAGAACGGUUUUCAUGAUAUUUUCCUGAAAUCUCAACUUCUCAAUUAAAGGUGAUCAGUACAUAUAUCGUCAUUUCCAAAGCACUCACGAUGUUUCUUGCGUCGAAGUCUUGUAUCAAGUCGGAGUUCAGGUAAAAGAAGUCUUGCGAAUUUUCAAACCAGAACAACCUCUCAGACUUACAAAGGAAAGGUGUAAUUGUUUUUACUUUUCAGAAUACCCGAGAUAUCGCCAUUGUGAGUCUUCUUGAGCAAAUACUUCGCGAGCCUGCUUUCAAUCAGUUGAGAACCAACGAACAACUCGGUAUCAAACAUUUUCUCCACAUUAUUUUUUUUAAACAAAGAUUCAAGGUUACAUAGUGUGGGUGGGGACGCGUUUAUCUGCGGGAACUUUGUCUCUAAGCGUCAUCGUCCAAGGGCCCAAAGGACCUGACCAUGUUUUGGAGCGGAUAGAAGCCUUUUUGAACAAGGCGAAGGUGAUCUGCGCCUAUCGAAGCCGAUUUCUUUCAUUUUUCAAAUCGCAGACGGAUUUGUUGGAAAUGCCACAAGAAGAGUUCGACCAGCAAGUCAACGGAAUGAUCACGAGGCUUUUGGAGAAGCCGAAAACUCUUUCUUCGAGGUUCAAACGGUUCUGGAACGAAAUCGAGUGUCGACAGUAUCAUUUUUCACGCCGUUUGGAAUUUAAUCCUGUUCACCUUGAUUUUUUUCUCUUUUAAAGGGGAAGAUGAAGUGGAAUACCUGAAGAAUGUCAAAAAAGAGGAACUCUUGGCCCUUUUUGACAGGUUUUAAAAUAGAUAUUUCUUCUUAUUUUUCGACUUUUUUUCAGAAAAUUUCUGAAGACGUCACCAGAACUGAAAAAGCUCGCAGUUUUUGUUCACGGUAAAAACGAGAAUAAAGAGCAAGUGAGCGAAAUUCUGAGAGUAAAGGCAGCGGCUGGCGACGCUCGUGAGAAGGUCGGUUAUCGAGGAUUAUUCAAAAACUGUACUUCGUUUGUUUCAGGAGAUUUCGAACCUAGAAGAGUUGCGCCAGACCCUCUCCCUCUAUGGAAGACCCAAGGCGAAGCUCGACCUGCUCCCGAUCGGCCUCGAUCCUCUCGAACAACCACAAGAGCGCUCUGUAUUGAAAGACGAAAAACCAAAGUCUAAAUACUGA